AACGCGACCAUCGCCAGCGAGGGGUCGAAUAAGUAUAGCAAGGUUUCAUUCUGGAGCCUCUGCAACGGGGGCACCCUUCAUGAUUUUGUCGAGCAUUGCUGGGACCGCGGGGUAAGCCUCCAUUACGGGUUUGUCCUUCGAUUCCUUCGCCAGAUGCUCGAGACCCUGCGUGUAAUGUACACGAAGACAGGUCCCGGGAUGCCAAUCUUCCAUGGCGACCUGCAUCCCGGCAAUGUGAUGCUGCACUUCCCAUCUCAUGAAACCAUGCCUGACUUCUACCUCAUUGACUUUGGUCAGGCCGGCUAUGCCAGGCGAUACCCCUAUUACCAGGGAGACGAUCUCCGCGUUUGGGACAUCCCCGACCUGAUGAACAUCAUCGAAACCAAGCUGUUCAGGCUAACCCUCCCCAUUGCAGGGCCCGGCGCCGUCCACCACCACGAGGGACUCAUGGCUCUCCUCAACGAGCAAAACACCUCCAACCCAAUCUGCGUCGCCUACCAAGUCCUGCGGAGACUCGACCGUCAGUAUGCGAUCAACAAGAAUCUCGCCGUGACGCAGAGCCGUAGUACCCAGCAGCAGCCGACGCGCCUCGUCGUGCCCUGCCUGGACGGCAUCAUCAACUAUGUCGCGGCCCACGCCACGCACGCCGAGCCUUCGCUGGUGGCCAGCGGCAACUGGCGGGCGUUUAACCAGACCUACUGCUCGCUGUACGAGCUUGGGUCGUGCCCGCCUCAGCCCGUCAGACGGCCUCUUCUCUUCCCGACGGCGCAGGAGCUGCUGGCGAUUCGGAACGUGCCCGGCCCGUGGUACGUGGCGCGUGUGGAUGUGGCGGUUGGCCAGUACGAUUUUAGGGUGCGCAAGGUGCUGGAUGGCGCGCAUCAUCGGCCGAAUGAGGACAAUACCGACUCGGAUACGGAGGAGGCGUAUAUGUGGUCGGAUGAGGAUGAGUCGGGGGGUUGUUAAGAGGGAGUCAGCGGCCAUGAGGGGAUGAGGAUAUGAGGAUAUGAGGGAGUGUUGCCCGUAGGGUAGUGUAGCGUGUAGACUACCUAAAUAACGAACAUGAAUAUAUG